AGAGAGAAAGAGAGAGCAGAGAGAGAAAGAGCUGUUUGUUAGAAAGAGAAAGAGAGAGCAGAGCAGAGCUUUGGUUUUAGGUUUUUGUUCUUCUGUGAUAAAAUGGCUGAAGAAUGGCUACUGCAAGGAGAUGAGGAGGAGGAGGUCCUAGGUGGGGAGGAGGGGGGUUUUGGAGAGGACGCUGUGAUGGAGGUCAUGAAGCGGCUCGAGGCCGAGAUAACCAGAAGUGGCUCGUCUUCUUCAGGUGACACUCACACCUUUGGAAAUCAGGAGACCUGCGGCGCAUCCUUUUCCGACUCAAAAUCCACAGUCAUGGCCAGCAUAGACAUGGCCGGACUUGUUUUUCAGAUGCCGAGUUCUAGCAAAACUGAGGACUUCGGUGUCCCGAUACCCACAGCCUCCGAGCCCUUCUCAAUUGAAGAGGGUGAAGACGCAGAUGAUUCAUCCUGGUGGGUGGAGAUGAUGAUGGUUGGGGAUGAAGAGCUCUGGGAAUUUGUGUUUGGUGAUGACUGAUUUACCUCAAAAAGAGAAAUCAGCAACUUCCUUUCUGCCUCUCUUUUUCUUUUCCUUUUCCUUUUCUAAGGCCAUUGUCCUUUCAUUACCUGUUUUUCACAGUUUUUUGAUACUUGUAGUUUUUUGGGGGAUUGGAGCUUGGGAAGAGGAGCUUCUUCAUUGUAAAAAGUUUACACAGAAAUGAACCGUUAUACGCCUGCAACUGCUGUUCAUGCUCUGUCUGCUCCGCAUUUUUAUUUCUGUCCUCUUUUUGUCUUUUCCUUUUUUCUUCUUUCUUUUUGUCUUGGUUGACUGUUUUGUGACUUUGUCAUGGGUUUUUAAACCAAGCGACUGCAAGAACCCUUGUCUUUUGAAGAAAUGGC